AAAGUAAAGGCACGAGGCCGCGUUCACGGCUCGCCAUGCUGACAUCACUUCGACUCGCCUCCCCCAUCCGCCAAUAAUCCCCCCGCAUCCCUCGUGCACUGCGCCGAACGCGCCUAAAUCAUGUCCUUCAACCCCAACCAGCCCCACGGCGGCCCCGCAGGAGCACCCCCGAAUAUGGCUCAGAACUUCAACGCCAUGCUGCAGCGCUCCAUGCAGGAACCAGGGCAGCUGGAACUCCCCUCCGAAGCCCCCGGGCGGCCCUCGUCAGCCAUUGGCUAUGGAGAAGUGUACAGCGCCACACCACCACCGCCGUCCGGCCCAAAUGUGCUCGGUGGAGCAAGGGCGCCGUCGUCGCAACAGAUUCUCCCCUUUGACCUUCCCCCGCAAGCGUUCCUGACCUCGGCGAUGCUCCUGGACAUGGUCGACAAGAAGGUCGACGUCCUGCUUCGCGACGAGAAAGAGUACAUUGGCAUACUCCGGUCCUACGACCAAUUCGCCAACCUCGUCCUCACAGAAUGCUACGAGCGGAUAGCAGCCCGCAACCCCGACGCAACACCGUCCUCCGACUCGACCGUCCCUAGGUGGCUGAUACACGACGUCAAGCUCCCGGGCAUCAUGACAAUACGCGGCGAGAACGUAACCAUCUGCGCAACCGUCGACCUCGACCGAGAAGACACACCCAAGGGCGCAAAGUUCGCGUCCAUGGAGGAAGUAAGAGCGCUAGCAUCAGCUCAAAAGGCGGACAAGAAAGAGGUCGAUUCGCGAAAAGCAAAGGCGCUCAGAAAGGCGGGCAUCGAGCCUGGGUUUGGCAUGCAAGGGUGAUGAGCCAACAGCAAAAGAAUACCUAGUACGAUGUUAUGAAAUACCAAAAAAAACUGUGAUUGGCAUGUUUAUCGUCUAGUCUAGGGAGGCUUGGAUAGCUAUGUGGCUUGUCAUGAUCACAAUUGAUACCAGGACGCUGAUGUCCAUGUGCAAUAAAACAGCGUCUCCUCCUGGGAAUUCAUUUCAAUAUACUGGU